AUGUGCACCCCGGACUCCGGGGCUCACGGAUUGAUGAGUUUCCUCAACGCUAGCGUCCGCUCGCCAGCCUCUCCCGCCCCCUGCCGCCCCUACCUUCCCCCUCCCAGACCCAGGCUCCGCGGGGAGGCGCAGGGGGCGGGCGGCGGCAACGCGGAAAGAAGGAAAAGGAGAGCAGGGAGGAAAGGACCGUCCCCGGAGAGAAGCCCGCUCCAGCUGCAGCCGCUAGCCCCCUCCCUCUUUCCCGCCCCACAAACGCGGAGAUGGCGGCGGAAGCGGCGAAAAGAAGCGCCGGUUCUCCAGCGCCACUUGGCGCUCCAGCACCGCCCGCCACGAGCAGGAGGAGACAGCGGCGGCGCAGCGGCCGCUGGGUCAAUAGGCGCCCGCAGCCCCUGAGCCGAGCGGGCGGCUGGCCCCGCCCCCUCCCGACGCUCCGAGAUGAGGGGGCGGGCCCCACGGCGCCCAAUCACAGCGCGUCGCCCGGCGGGCCCGCCCCGCGCCUGCCUCCCAGUGUCCCGGCGAUAGGAAGACCUCACAGGGCUCUUGUGACCUGGCAGGCAGCUUUCUGGGAGUUGAGGCCUUCGGGGGCGUUCAGACGCCAGCACCCCCACGUCCAACAGGGGUUGAGCUUACACCCCACUUCCCUUUGUUGCCCAGGUUUCCUAUCCUUGGACACUCGGGCCUGGCGUGCCUGGAAGAGUACUUGGUGAAGGGCUGGAGGAAAUGCAAGAGAAGAGGGCUUGCACAUUCUCUUCGGGCUCACUAUUUCCUCUUUUGGUGACAGCCUGUUAAAACCUGGGGGAAAGGAGACUGACAAAGGGCCGUCCAGGCACAUGUAGAAACAUCUGACUACGAAAUCCAUGAGUGUAAUCUGAGAAGUGAUGCUUCUGUCAGUUAUUGAUUUAUUGCCUCUCAGCUCCAAAUUCGCCCUUUUUGACUGCACUGUAAAAACGGAUCUGAGCCUUUUAAACAGUUUUUCGUUUGCCUUCUGGGACUGAAGCUUUAUCAGUAGAGGGCGCUGAAGAGACAUUACAGAAAAAAAGGAUUUUGCUUCCUGAUUUCUGUGUAUUGAUAAGCUUUUGCAGCAUACCUGGCUUUCUCCACUGCCAAGGUCCUAUAGUGCUCAGUAACUAGCAAUUUCCUCUCACAUGCCCAACUCUAGGAGCUUUGUAGAGGAGGUGAGACACUACGCCAAACUUCCCUGGCACCCUAGAGGCAUUUGCAGCAAGUUGCAGAGGGCACAUCUUCCACAAGCUUUGCAGACGUAGCCCAAUGGUGACUUCUCUGCCAUUCAGUGAGCCAGGUCAUACCCUCUCCAAAAACGUCUAGAUCUUAGCCCUGGGAGGAAUUGGGGAGGUUCUUCAUUGGGCACUCUGUCUCUCAGCCCAAGAGUUAGUUAUAAGGUUAGCUCCUUAUAGCUGCUGUUGCUAUAUUCUUUAAAGUUCUCUUCUUGCUAGUGAAUCCUUCAUUACUCUAAUCCUCUAUUAUAGUUAACAAUUCUUUUUAUUAAGCCUUCCCUGUCCCGGGAGUAGUCCCAAGAAAUAGACCUGCAAAGAUGGGAUUAAAGGUCAGUUUGAUUGAGGUUUUGAGCUUCAGCUCCUUGCCAAAGGGAAAUGUAAUUCAUGACAUGCUGGGCAUCUCAAUUAAGCAAUUACCUGUGGUUGAUCCUGAUGAAGUGCCAACUGAGGCCUGUGCCUUGGGGCCCCAAGUGGCUGCUACACUUGACUGCUAUGGUUAUAAAGAUGACUAGAAAGACUGGUGUGGGAUGGAUUCUUUUGCGUGCUUUUAGUGGUUAUAAAGAGAAAUGACAAGCACAGGUUUUUUAACUCUCAGAGUUAUGGUAUGAGAACCAGAGAUAUUCUGUAGAAUUCCAAAAGCUCUGGUUUAUUGUAGCAACAAGAAUUAUGCUGAGAAUCAAACAAAAUUUUAAUUUUCAUGUUACUGAAUUAUAACUGCUAUUAAAUUCACACAUAUUCUGA